AGUGGCAAGUCUGUUUGUUCUGAAGAGAAUUCCACAGAGAUACCACCAUCAGCAGAAAUAGGGAAAGAAUCAUUAAAAUAAUGGAUGAUUGUUUUUCACAGGCGGAAAAUGUUCCCACAGAAGGCUUGCUGUUUUCCUACAGAGGUAUUUUAUACCCUGCUGCAGUUACUAGUCGAGAAACCUUGGAAGCUCUGGAAACCUUUGAAGCAAGGAACGACGAUGUUAUUCUAGCAGGCUACCCUAAAACGGGAACCCACUGGCUUGACCAAAUUGUGAGGGAGUUGGAAUCAGCUGAUGUCAAACGUACAGAAGAAGAAAUGAAGGAGAAAAUAGAUGCUGAAAAGAAGCUAGAGAUGUUUCCAUUUCUGGAAUUCGGAGAUCCUGGGGUAUAUGAGAGGAUGAAGAACCUGCCUUCCAGAAGAAUUAUACUAACCCACCUACCACCUCAUCUCCUACCCGUGUCCAUUCUCCAAGGCAAGGCUAAGAUCCUUCUGCUAGUUCGGAACCCCAAAGACACAGCUGUCUCCUAUUACCACUUCUACAACAACAUGCCAGUGCUGCCAUCCUUCACCUCCUGGGAUGAGUACUUUCCAGCCUUCAUGAGUGGGAAAGUGGCCUGGGGAUCCUACUUUGACAACUUAAUAGAAUGGAACAAAUAUAUCGACCAUGAGAGGAUCAUGAUGAUAAGCUAUGAGGAACUCAAAGAGGACCAGAUACAGGGAAUGAAAAAGAUUGCUGCUUUCUUUGGAUUCUCCUUGUCUGAGGAAGACUUUCACAGAAUUGCCAAGAAGACUAGUUUCCAAGCUAUGAAAGACAAAUCCAAGGAAACCAAUGGAAAGUUUGGGGACGCUCUCUUCCGGAAAGGUGUUGUUGGGAACUGGAAAGACCUGUUCUCUAAAGCUCAGAAUGAAGAAAUGGACCGAAAAUUUCAGGACUGCCUAGGAGGAACGAAGCUGGCAGCAAAGAUGAAAUAUGAUGUGUACUGCAAGGCCUGAAAAUAAGCAGAUGAGCAGCACAACAGCCAGAUGCGUGCCAAGGGUUAUUAUCUGAAGGUGGACAGUGCCCAUGUGUCCCCUUCAGAAGAAAAGAGAGGCACCCCUCAGAGAUCUGCCUGGCACCUACAAGCAUUCAAAUGAUAAUUCUUAGGUGUGUGUUGUGUCUAGUUUGUGUUCUUUAUUUUGUGCAAAAAAUAAAAUGUGCAUAUGCCUAGAUGAAAUUCCUGG